AGCUUCCAUUUCAAAACUUUCAUAAGCUUUCAUAAUCAGUGUGAAUAAGAAGCUUUUUCCCUAAGAGAAAUAAUUUUCUCUUAUUCACCACACCACCUGGUUUUCUAAUAAGCUUUCCUCUCAUAUUUGUGGUUAUCAUCCGAGUUCAGAGAUAACCCUUAUCAAAACAAAUUUUGCCUAGUUACUUUGUGUAUAAAGUUUUUGAUGCCAUACUACUUUGCAUAAUAAUAAUACCUACCUGCAUAUAGUUAUUUCAAGGGUUAAGGUUAAGUGGUUGAGUGCGUUUUUUUUAUCCUUGUUACAAACUCACCACACCUAUUUUUAGAAUUCUUCUCAUGUAUUUUACCUUAUAGUCCUCACGUACUAGAAAAGAACCCAUUUUACUCAUCCAGCCAGACACGGCUUAUACUUUGAAGUCAGACAUAAUCAAGAUUAAAAAGGAUUAAGGGAUGAUAUUUUUAUUUAUUCUACACAAAUCCUCUUUGUAAAAACCCGUCACCGGGUUCUUGUUUGUAUAUAUUUUGAAUAAUUUAUUAUUGUUUCGGUUCAGCCUAAAAACUUUUUGGGUUAAUGUUUAUUUUUAAAAGUAAUCAUUACUUUUUUUUUUAACCAAACAAAUACCUAAGCUUUCCCCCACACUUUGAAAUUGAGAGAGAGAGAGAAAAAAGAGAGAAAGUCCUUAUUUUUUUUUUUUGUUCCAAAAUGUGUCUUUCCUUUUGCAUGCUUCCGAGUCCUGACAUCAGUCAACCCAGCAGUGGCAGACAUCAGGGCCUCUUCCGCGUGUGAUUGAGCUUCUUACACGCUUCUUGUGCGGAUAUUUUUCUAUAUACAUGUGUGUGCUCCGCUCGUCAAGCUAAAGAUUUUGACUCUGGGGCAAUUCUCUCCAUCGCACGGUUUAGUUGUUUUGCCAGGAUCAAGGAGUUUUGGUCUCGGUGUGUUUAAUGAUAUAGUGUCAGUGUCUUUUGGGUUGUUUUUCCUGCCAAAACGCGCCGUUUGCCGGGAGAUAUAUACAAAUUUAUAUUCUGGCGUACCUUUUUGUGCAAGCUAAUUAAGCGCUGGUUUUUCGUUAUCUUUGGUUUAUUUUUUUUCCUUUUUGUGUGUUGUGAAAUUCUUGGCUUUUGAGGUCCUUCAAGGACUUACCUUCUUCUUCUCCUUCACCGAUACUAAGGAUGAGUGAUUGAGUGAAGAAAAAAAAAGAAAGAAUAAAUAAAAUUAUAUAAAAAUGUAAUUAGUGUAAAUCAAAGCAAAGAGCAAAGUGAAAUAUUUAUGUGAAGAGUGUUGUUACUAUUUGUCACGAGCUGACGUUACGUUACAGCAUGAAUCCUGAUGAUCAGAGUCCAUGCAAGGACGACACCGCUACAAAUGCAUUAGAAUUAUUUUACAAAAUGAUUUUGUGAUACCUAAUCCUGAAGACAAACACAAAAAGUAAAUAUGUAUAAAAAAUCUAUUCAGUGAAAAAUUUCUAGUUAAAGUUAAGAAAGAAAAAAGCAAAAUAAAUUAGAAAAAAAAGAGAAAAUAGAAAAGUUAAAAGCAAUAAAAAUACAAAAAAAAAAAAAAAAAAUAAUGUCCAACCCACCGUCAAGGAUAACAUCACCCCAAUACAUUCGACGCAAUGGAUCGAAUGCUACAGCAUCGGCAGGUGGUAGUCCUACCACUGCCGGAGUUAGUUCGUCGACAGCAUCCUGCCCAGGAUCACCCAUGCGCCGGGUGUCUGCCAUCAAAAGUAGUGCCAUGGAUUUUGCUUCGAAGUUCUUCAACAAAUGCAAAGCUGCCACAUUUACAGUCGAUGGAGCCACGUACACUAUAGUUGCCAGUACUCCAGAGAAUCGAACCGGUCGUGAGGAUACUAUCACCUCCCUUUCGGAUAGAAGAAGCAGCAGUGGAGUGGAAAGAUCAAAAUCAAAUAGUCCAACUGGUUCCCAGCAGAGUGUGGCACCAGUAAAUGGCCAAGUGUCAAAACAAGGAUCUCUAACAAUAGUACGUCGCUCAAAUAGUCGCAAGGGUAACUUGGGCUUCCAAGGUGAUCCGCAACAAUAUCAAUUACAAUCUCCAAGUCAAACAACAACACCAGCUGAUAAUAAUUCGUCGAUUUGUGCAACUCCAUGCGGCGAUUAUCCAUCAUCAUCAUCAGCAACAACACCGAAUCGAGGAGAUUGUAAUAAUUCUAGUAAUUUUGGACAAUCCUUGCCGACACCUAGUAAUUUAAGUUCAUAUUUGGGCACAAGUAAUAGUGAUCAUAAUAAUCAGUUGGAUAUAUCCGAACCAUUACAACAGACUGCUGCUGCUAUAUUGCAACAAGACCAACAACAACAACAACAGCAAUCUUUGAUCCACCUGCAGCAAUAUUCAAGAAUGCAAACACUGCAACAACAACAAUCGACGAAUACCACCACCACCACUGUAGCUAUCAGCGGCAAUAUGUCACCGACAAUGCGUAGCGGCGGUGUUAUGUCACCAGUGACAGUCGUCGGUAGUGACAAUGGCGGCGGAAGCGGUAACGAUUCGGUUGAUUUGGCGACGGAACAUUUACCUGCCGUCGAUACACCGGAUGCCUGCGAUAAGGCUGCAGUGAGACUCCGGUGUCUCCUGCGCCUACUUCAAACUGGAGAAAUUUCAGCAGAAAUUUUACAAAAAAAUCUACACUAUGCCGCUCGUGUCCUCGAAGCAGUUUUUAUAGAUGAAACAAAAAGUCCCUCCAUUUUAAUUACUCGUGAAAAACCAAUAUCGGGUCAAAAUUCCGUUGAAAAUAAAGAUCCAGAUGGUACUCCGGUGCAAAAGAACCGCCUUUUGGCAGUUGGCACUCCUCCAACAAACACCAACAAUAGCUGCUGUAGUCCUAAUAACGAUAAUAAUAGCAAUGUUAAUCUUAGUAGUAGUUUAAGUGAAGAUAAUCAAGUUCAGCAACAGAAUGUGGCAAAUUGCAAUCAAACGAGUAUAGAAGGCCGCACGAAAGGUGUAUCACUGGCGCCUCAAACGCACAGUGGUCCAACAGGUCCACCACUGUCACAAAUUGAAGAACAUCCUUCAAAUGACAGUGAUGCCAAAUUAAGCACCACACAAACAACAUCAAAAAAUGCAUCAACUUCCACGACGACGACGUCAACAACAACAACAACAAGUGGCAGUAAUAGUUUAAGUAAUAAAGCAACAGUCCAGAGACAGAGACGCCUGCGAACUCCUGUCUGGGCGAGAUCAAUGACAAGCGAAAAAACGAGACUCGCUGACGAAGAUGAUGAAUUAUCCGAGGUACAACCAGAUGCUGUACCACCAGAGGUACGUGAGUGGCUGGCUUCCACUUUCACCCGGCAAUUGGCUACAACUCGGAAACGGAAUGAUGAAAAACCGAAAUUUAGAUCUGUGGCACAUGCCAUACGUGCCGGUAUAUUCGUUGAUCGAAUAUACAGAAGAGUUUCAAGCUCGGCGCUCAUGCAAUUUCCACCGGAAGUUGUUAAAGUCUUAAAGACGCUUGAUGAUUGGUCCUUUGAUGUAUUUGCUCUAGCAGAAGCGGCAAACGGACAACCUGUAAAAUACCUUGGCUAUGAUUUGCUCAAUCGUUACGGAAUCAUUCACAAAUUCAAAAUCGCACCCGCUACCUUGGAAACGUUCCUGAAUCGCAUCGAAGAGGGUUAUUGCCGCUUUCGCAAUCCAUAUCACAACAAUUUACACGCGGCUGACGUUACACAAACCAUUCACUUUAUGUUAUGUCAAACUGGUCUUAUGAACUGGAUGACAGACCUAGAGAUUUUCGCCACCCUAUUGGCUGCCUUAAUACACGACUUCGAACACACCGGAACCACGAAUAAUUUCCAUGUGAUGUCUGGUUCUGAAACGGCUCUCGUCUAUAAUGACCGUGCGGUGCUGGAAAAUCAUCAUAUUAGUGCGGCGUUUCGUGUGCUCAAAGAUGACGAUUGCAAUAUUUUAUCAAAUUUGUCGCGUGAAGAAUUCCGAGAGUUAAGAACUCUUAUUAUCGAUAUGGUUCUCUCGACAGACAUGUCGUUCCAUUUCCAACAAUUGAAAAACAUGAAGAAUUUACUGACGUUGGCCGAGCCAACGGUGGACAAAUCAAAAGCGCUGGCGCUAGUAUUGCAUUGUUGUGAUAUAUCGCAUCCUGCCAAAAAAUGGUCACUGCAUCAUCGCUGGACGAUGUUGCUGCUUGAGGAAUUCUUCAGGCAGGGUGAUCUGGAGCGAGAAUUGGGACUGCCAUUUAGUCCGUUAUGUGAUAGAAACAAUACACUGGUUGCCGAAUCACAAAUUGGUUUUAUCGAUUUUAUUGUGGAUCCGAGUAUGUCAGUUUGUGCGGAUAUGUUGGAAUGUGUUCUGGCACCAAUAGCACCAAUGUGUAAAAAUGCCAAUGCCAGCAUUGACGAUGGCAAUAAUACAAGUUCGGUGGUGAGUAAAUCAUCGUGCGAGUCUAUCAGUGAAGGUGUUGAAGUGUCGAAUAAUGGAUCUGAUGAAGUGUCAUCUGCUGGACCUGGUGGCAAGCAGAAAUUCCGUAUUCGUAAACCAUGGGUUAAUUGCCUCACCGAAAAUAAAAAGAUUUGGAAAGAACAAGCUGUCAAAGAUGCUGAAGCUCGUGCUGCAGCUGCGGCUCUUGAAGAAAACAAAGAUAAAACAGCAAAUGAUGAUAGUGAAAACCCUACAAAAUCAACUGAUGACUAAUGAUUCUUUAAAAUUGUAUUAUUUUGUAUUAUUGUUAAAGAUAUAAAAACUAUAAUUAUGAUUUUAAAAACAAAAAAAAAACUUAAAACAAACAAUUUACACAAAAGAAAAACAACAAAAAAUCAUUGUUUUAUAUUUUUUAACUAUUAGUCUAUAAUAAUAUUCAUUAUUAUAAAUAAUCCGCAUAAAAAAAAUAAACUAAGUUUUAAACUUAUAAUGUGUAAACUACCUUUGAAAUCUCUUA